AUGCGUUUCGCUAUCAUCUCCACCCUUGCAACCCUGGUCCUCGCUACCAUCGCACAGGCCGCGCCUUCCGAAAACGCCCGCUGCAGUGGAGGCAGCCUGACGCUCGCCAACGGCGCCAAUCUGGUCUGCAACAGCUGUGUCAUUACCAACGUCUCUGGCCGCACCAAGACCACCACAGGCCCUGAACGUCUCCAGGCACUCAAAGAGUGUGCCCUCAAGCCUCUUUCUACUGGCGAGUGCUAUUAUGUUAAUGGACAUCUUUACUGCCCCUUCCCUUGCUCCAGGUGCUAG